GGGCAAUCCACCGUAAGGCCGCCAUUUUUUGAUGGAACAAAUUACUCAUAUUGGAAGGAGCGAAUGAGGAUUUUUGUUCAAUCAAACGACUUCAAAAUUUGGCUUGCUAUCAAGAAUGGAGAUAGCUUGCCGAUGAAGAAGGUAGGCGAUACACUCAUCCCAAAGGACGAGGAUGAAUACGAUGAAGCCGACUUCAAGAAGGCUCAAUUGAAUGCCACCGCCAUCAACUUCUUGUAUUGUGCGGUCAACGCCAACGAUUAUCAAAAGAUAUCUCGUUGCCAAACCGCUAACCAAAUGUGGAACAAGCUCAUGAUCACAUACGAAGGUACGCCUCAAGUUCGUGAAUCAAAAAUUGAUUUACUAACCCAUGAAUAUGAGUUAUUUGCUAUGAAAGAGAACGAACUUGUGGAGGACAUGUUUGGAAGAUUUUCAAACAUCGUCAACGACCUUGAUAUGCUUGGAAAGACGCUCACCGACAAGGAGUUAGUGAGGAAAAUCCUGCGAAGUCUUACCAAGGAAUGGGAGUCAAAGACCAAUGUUGCUACUGCACUCGUGCUGGCUUUGUUGUUCCUUCGAAGGUCACGCUUCUUCAACAACUGCAAGAUCCGAACAAUAGGACUUGCAAGAUCAACUU